UUUAGUAUAGAAUUGUUAUGGGAUUUUGAUCAUUACACGUGUGAAGAAAGCACUUGCAGUUCCUUAUCAUGAAAGGCCACGUCAUGUUGUUAAUCUCGUGAUUAUGUUUUUCCUUCCCACUCAAAACUGUGGAGCUUGAAAGAAAUCUUCUAUUCGUCGAGAAAAAGGUGUCAAUGGCAACUGCUUCAGCUAGCUCACUGAGGAUAGCAGCACCACUUCCAAUUUCCUGCAGACAGAAAGAGCAGGCUGCUUACAAAUUCAUUGGAACCAAGGCUUAUUUUGUUCCUCGAAAGAAGGGGUUUCCUUUACUGCAGACAGCAUCAAGCUUGUCUUACACUUUGCACGUGUGCUGUGCUGCCAAGCCAGAGACUGUAACUAAAGUAUGUGAAAUUGUGAAAAAGCAGUUGGCAUUAUCGGAUGAUGUUUCAGUAACUCCUGAGUCUAAGUUUUCUACAUUGGGAGCCGAUUCCCUGGAUACAGUGGAGAUAGUGAUGGCUUUAGAGGAGGAAUUUAAAAUCAGUGUGGAGGAGGAAGGUUCAGAGAAUAUUACAACUGUGCAAGAAGCAGCUGACAUGAUAGAAAAACUGAUCGAGAAAAAGUAAUCUCUGGUGCCUAGCCAACAAGGCCUCAAGGAUUGUAUACAUUUUUAGUAGAGCAGUUACUACGCCCAUGUUUGAUUCCAUAUGACCCAAGUAGUGGAAUUCGUUUUUGCAUCUAGGUAAAGAAAAUAAAAAAUCAUGAUCCAUUACUCA